CGGAGGAGCGCGCGGCUGCGGGGACCCCGCCCCGCAUGCGCGUCCCGGCGUUGGCGUCGUCAGCGUCGUCCCGGUCCUCGUCCUCGUCUGUGGCCUGCUGUCGCUUUCCCUCUCCGGCCGCUCCCCGGCCGUCCCGCGCCCUCGCCGCUCGCGCCCUCGCCGGCCCCGCCGCCCGCAGCCCUGGCGCUCCCCGCCGGUCCCGCCGAGGCCGCCUGUGCCCUGUGCCAGCGCGCGCCCCGGGAGCCCGUGCGCGCUGACUGCGGACACCGCUUCUGCCGGGCGUGCGUGGUGCGCUUCUGGGCAGAGGAGGACGGGCCCUUCCCGUGCCCCGAGUGCGCCGACGACUGCUGGCAGCGUGCGGUGGAGCCCAGCCGUCCGCCGCUCAGCCGCCGCUUGCUGGCGCUGGAGGAGGCGGCCGCGGCGCCCGCGCGCGACGGACCGGCCAGCGAGGCCGCUCUGCAGCUGCUGUGCCGCGCCGACGGGGACCCGCUGUGCGCCGCCUGCCGCAUGGCCGCCGGCCCCGAGCCACCCGAGUGGGAGCCGCGCUGGAGGAAGGCGCUGCGCGGCAAGGAGAACAAGGGGUCCGUGGAAAUCAUGAGAAAGGACUUGAAUGAUGCCCGGGAUCUGCAUGGCCAGGCAGAGUCGGCGGCUGCUGUGUGGAAGGGGCAUGUCAUGGACCGCAGAAAGAAGGCCCUGACUGACUACAAGAAGCUGCGGGCCUUCUUUGCUGAGGAGGAGCAGCACUUUCUGCAGGAGGCUGGGAAGGACGAGGGUGUCCCAGAGGAUGAGCAGGCUGACCCAGCCGAGCGGUUCCAGUCCUUGCUGCAGGCGGUGUCGGAACUGGAGAAGAAGCACCGCAACCUGGGGCUCAGCAUGCUGCUGCAGUGAUGGCACUGGCCCAGCAGGUGGGUCCCCAGAGUGAGAGCAGAAGGCUCUACCUUCCACAGCUGGCCUGCAGCAGCCCCACCUGCCCCACCCCUCGGUCCCUCUUCCUGGCAUCACCUUCCAUCCUGGACGGAUCCUUAGCUCCACUGGCACUGACAGUGCUUGGGCGUGGGGUGAAGCAUUGUAGGUGCCCAUACCUUUGGUGUGCAUCUAGUUCCAAGUCUCAACAAAGUGUCAUUUCAAUUUUCCCCAGGGUGUGAGUAUGUUCAGGGAUGUGCCAGUUCUUAUCAGAGGCCAGCCUUGGGACACACUCCCCAGUGUGUCCCAGCCCUGGCCUGGUUGUUCCAUGGUCCUGUUCUCCAGCUGGCUACGGCUUGGGGCCUAGUAUGUGGGCAUCUGGCAUCAAGGGCACCAAGCACUGCACCAUGCCUAGGGCAGGCUGCUCUGUGAACCUUCUUCCCUUCCAGGGGGCUGGACGCCUUGGCAGGGCCCUGGGACACACCAGGAAGGUCACAUUGAGGGGUUAGCACCAGGGAUGCAGCUCUUGGGGAAGAGAAAGUAAGUGGAGUAUUCUCCACCCUUCCUAGAUUGCCCUUCCUCCCUUGGGGUCCUGGCAGCUCUGCCCUCCACUUCCCCUUCCUGUCCCCUUCCUUCCUGGCUUGUGGCCCUUGGUGCUCACAGACACCUGAACCUUCCUGGCCCCUCACACCUGGAAGGCCCGUUCUCCCCAGGGUACAGGGGGCUCUGCCAGCCUUCCAGCCCACCCCAUGUUCCACCUUGCUCAUCUUUGGCUUCUUGCUUCCUGUCUCAUCUGAUAGGUGGAUUUCACAAAACUCGUGACAGAACAUGUGGUGUAGCAGUAGCGUGGUUGCCCGUAGCAUUGUGUGUAGAUUAGUCCAUGUGACAAAACCCAGACCAAGUGAGCAAGAACAGGAGGUCAGGGUGUGCAGAUGCAGGGCGGCUAGGUUUGCCCCAGUGCAUGAGUCGGUAGCUGGGUCGCUGUGAGUGGGGCCCGUUUGGGGAGGAAGUCCCUGGCCUCAGGUGGGCUGACAGUCCAGCCUACCUGUGUGGGCCAGAUUCUGGGUGCCGAAUAAAGUGGGUUUGCUCCAGUCUGU